UGGAAACACAGCAGACAAAGAGGGGAGGCGGUGCAUUGAGGGGUUGAGGGGGCAGCAUUCUUCCCGAUAGCAGCUCUUACAGCCCCUGAGAGACAGAGAGGGAUGUGAACAGAGAUGUCAUUGAGAGCCCUCGCUGCCGGGAUGAGGCGAGUUCGGCUUUGGGACUGCACACUGUUGUCCUUGAAGGAGGAGUGACUGGCCCAGCUGGAACCUGGAACCCAGCACCCAGGAGGUGAACCAGCAGACCUGAGGAGGAGCCUGUGUCCUGUGUCCUUGGGAGGCCACUCACCGCAGGAUCAAGAUGACCACAGCCACCACUUUGGGGGACGCCGUCUUCUCACUGAACAUGACCAGAGGAGAAGACUUCUUGUAUAAGAGUUCUGGGGCCAUCGUGGCUGCCAUUGUGGUGGUCGUCAUCAUCAUUGUCACCUUGGUUCUCAUCCUGUUGAAGAUGUACAACAGGAGAAUGAGGACCAGGCGGGAGUUGGAGCCCAAGAGCCCGAAGCCACCUGUACCUCCUGCCCUGGACCCAAACAGCAACGGCAGCCAGCAGCCUGCGACUGUGACCUUUAACCCUGCAGACAUCCAAGUGGAGACCCGGUGACCCUGUCCCAGUGCCGCCCCUGCCUCUGCAAGGAGCUUUUAUGGCCCAGAAGUGUGCUCUUCUGGCAGCUUCACUUGAGCUUUUUCUGGUUGGGUAAACUGAGGCACCUUUUGUAUAGCCCUUGCAGCUUGAAGCCAUCCUUAACUGCAUUCUGCUCUGGCCACCCCAAGCUGUGUCCAUGUCCCUCUGCCACUAUACCAAAGAGCUAAGGACAUUCUUUUGUCACCCGAUGAGAAGCACUGUGCUGGGAUACUGGUAUGAGUCUGAUUCUUGCCCCACAAAUGCUACAGCUAGACAGACAGACAGACAGACAUCUGAGUGUUCUGGUCAGGGGUCAUCACCCAGGGUCUGCCACUUGGGAGCAUCUUGUCUUAAGUGUCAUGUCCACAACAUUGCAGAACAGAUUCUCAAUCUCAUAUUGGGUGCAGGGAAACUAACUCGGACUAACUAACCCACAAAACUAACUUGGUAAUAUCUAACCUAUUCCAGUACUAGGUGACCACUAGUCAGCUCAUGAUGGCCGGUCGGAACGCUCUCCCCCUUAAGGAACAAAGGGUACCAGAGG